AUGCCCGGUAAUCCUUCUUUAGUCUUGAGAAAAGUGGAUGACAUUGUUUUCGAAGAUCUCGCACCACCAAAGAUCACUUCACCCAACGAUGUUAUAGUUGAAGUGAAAAAAACUGGAAUUUGUGGGUCAGAUAUUCAUUACUAUGCCCAUGGUAAGAUCGGGCCUUUUCAGUUGAAAAAGCCAAUGGUAUUGGGUCAUGAAUCGUCUGGUGUCAUAAGCGAGAUUGGAGAUGGUGUCAAGAACUUGAAAGUAGGUGACAGAGUCGCUAUAGAGCCGGGCGUUCCUUCAAGAUACAGCAAUGCUUAUAAAUCUGGAAAAUACGAGAUAGAUCCCGAUAUGAGCUUUGCUGCAACACCACCAGCAGAUCCCAAUGUUCCUAAUCCGCCAGGUACCUUGUGUAAAUACUUUAAAUCACCACAAGACUUUGUUUACAAAUUACCAGAUUGCGUGAGUUUGGAAUUGGGAGCAAUGGUUGAGCCAUUAAGUGUUGGUGUUCAUGGAAUCAGAUUGGCUAAUUUGUCGUUUGGUGAAAAUGUUGUAGUCUUUGGAGCUGGACCUGUUGGACUAUUAACUGCCUCAGCAGCUAAAAUUUUUGGAGCGUUGAACGUUAUGGUUGUUGAUAUAUUUGAUUCGAAAUUGGACUUGGCCAAAGAGAUUGGUGCUGCGAAUUAUACAUUCAACUCUAAAAGUGGUGGUGGCAACGCCUCGGCUUUGAUCAAGGCUUUCGAUGGUAUUAGACCAGACAUUGUUUUGGAGUGUACUGGAGCUGCUCCAUGUAUCAAGUUGGCUGUUGAAGUUGUUCGAGACGGUGGGAAAGUGGUUCAAAUUGGUAAUGCCAGUGGAGAUGUACCAUUUCCAAUUGCUGAAUUCUCAACAAGACAACUUACAUUGUUUGGAAGCUUUAGAUAUGGGUACGGUGACUAUGCCACCUCAAUCAAGAUUUUAGAGCAAAAUUAUGGUCAAGGAAAGGAUAAAAUUCAAAUUGAUUUUGAAAAAUUGAUAACCAAUGUGUAUUCUUGGGAAGAGGCAAUCAAGGCUUAUGAUACAGUAAGAGCUGGUAAAGGAACCGUCAAAUGUAUCAUCAAUGGCCCUGAAUAA